CUAUCAUUUUCGUUCUUAUUUACUCCGGGUAGAUCUGGUCCUGUUAAGCUUCGCUUCUUCUUUCUUCGCCCGCUGGUUUCAGUCGUCCAAAGUUGUCUCUGUUGCCGUCUCCAUGCCAACACCGUCGCCGUCGCUCUCCACUCGUGCGGGAGCAAUUUUAGAGGAGAUUUGGGUAUGAAUCUAGGUGAAUUGCAGAUUGAAAUCCCAUACCGUCACUAUUCAUCCUCAUACUUCGCAGAUCAAGUCCUCAGUAGGUGAAGCCUCUUCAACACAAGCCACACCUUUAAAUACGGUUCAACAUCCAACCUCCACUAGACAAUCAACACAGACAGUGACAUCGCCUCCACCAAUUGCCUCUGUUGUGGCAAUCCCAUACUCCCACAAUCUGCUCCCGAAUCUGCCACAACUCUUCCAAAUUCCGCUUCUUCUGUUUCUGAGCCAGAUGUCUAUGAUCAGGCAAUAUCGAACCUUGUAGCAGGAAGUACCUUAGAGUCCACAAUUCCAGAAAUUCUUAAAAUUGGCGGGGGCAAUUGGGACCGGGAGGCAGUCAUGUGUGCUUUGCGUGCUGCAUAUAACAAUCUUGAGAGAGCUGUCGAUUACUUGUGUUCGGUUACAGGAUCCAAUGAACUCAGGUUCUUGCUUCAGAUACUACAACGAAAAUAGCAAAGGCAUCAGUUUUUUAAAAACAACCGAUUCUAAUACUUUUUUUUAAAUUAAUAAAAUAGCAAAGGCACCGGUUGUUUAGAAACAACCGAUGCUAAUACUUUUUUUUAAAUUAAUAAAAUAGCAAAGGCAUCGGUUGUUUAGAAUCAACCGGUGCUAGUACCUUUUUUUUAAAUUAAUAAAAUAGCAAAGGCACCGGCUGUUUCCAAAGUGAUGCAAUUGAAUUUGACCAAUUGCAUCGCUUGCAUUUACAUCGGUACAAAACCGAUGCUAAGGGUAUAAAACAACCGGUGCCUUUGCCCUUUUUGGAAAGUCAAUACAAAAAUAUCUCUCCCUUAAAUCCUCAAAAAGUUAAAAAUGGAACUUUAUUUAGGGACGGAGGGAGUAUUAAAAACAAUAAGGCUAAUGGUGUACUCCAUUUGUAUACUAGACUAGAACAUACACUAUGCGCUUGUAAUCUAUAGAUCGUUUUUUGCUUUUUGUUUGGUGUACAAAUGAGGUACACUAUUUUGAUGUUCCCCUAGCAUGAGCUUGCACUUCUUUGAGAGAUAAUACCCACUGUCACACCAUCUAUUUUAUGCAUCUUGAUCUAACACUGUUACUUUAGAUGUUAAUUUGAAUUGUUUCUAAUAAUUCGAAAAGUAAAUUUUAUAAAAGGGGCUCGUAUAUGAUGAAAAGAAACCCUUGAAUUCUUUGUAGAAGAAGAAUAAUGUUUUCGCGGAUUUUCGGGAAUAAUAAGUCUAAGCAUGAAUCAAAAGCCGGCUUUAAAACCCUUCACAAAUUAACAGAGACGUUGGCGAUGCUUGAGAAGAAGGAGAGGGUUCUUCAAAGGAAGGCCUCUGAAGAAAUGGAAAAGGCCAAAGAAUUCACAAGAACUAAGAACAAAAAGGCGGCUAUACAAUCCUUGAAAAGGAAGAAGUUGUUUGAGCAUCAAAUUGAGCAGCUAGGUAACUUUCAGUUGCGCAUCCACGAUCAGAUGAUAAUGUUAGAAGGAGCAAAAGCGACUUCUCAAACGGUCGAGGCUCUCAAAACCGGUGCUGCUGAAAUGCGAUCUAUCCAGAGAACUUUGAAUGUGAAAAAUGUGGACAAGACGAUGGAGGAAAUAAAUGAACAGACGGAGAACACAAGGCUGAUGCAGGAAGCUUUGGGUGCUCCUUUUGGUGUUGCAUCUGACAUUGAUGAGGAUGAGUUGGAGGCGGAACUUGAAGAACUGGAAAGUGCUGGACUGGAGGAGGAGUUGGAGGAGAGGCUUAUUCAACCCGCAAAGAACGGCCCAACGAUUCGACCGCGUAUUUUAACCACGGGUAAACCGUCGUCAUCAGCAACUUGUAAGCCAUUUGUAAAGGGGAAUCAUCAGAAUGACAAGAAUGAUGGUGAUGAUGAUGGAUUAGAAGAACUUGUUGAAUUGCAGAGAGCAAUGGCCCUUUAAACCUGCAUUUACAUACCCAUAUAACCCCGGCCCUUUCUUCUUGAGAACUCUAUUGCUAGCUAGUUAAUUAGAUUCUACGGAGUACUUAAUUACGGACUAAUACAGAGUGCUAAUCACUUUUACUGCAGUAAUGAAUUGAACAUCUGUAUUUAUUAACACGGGGAAGACACAUCGUCAGUUCAACCCAGGAAUGAAAUUAUGUCGAGAGCGGUAGAACGCAGAGACGGUGGGUUAGGGUUUCAGCCCUAACCAUGUACGACAAUUAUUAAGAUGGAUCCCAGGGAGGAGAUUAAGAACCAGAAGAGAAGAAAAGAGUAUUUGUUGGAGUUCCCACAUCAGAAAAUAAAGAUGAGGAUCACUA